AUGACGUUGUUAUUAUUAUUUCAAAUCGUCCAAUCCUACGAUUUCGAAAUAACUUAUAAUGAUCCUGAUAAAAGAUUAGGAUUUAUGAACACAAAACAAUCAGCCGAUGGAAUCAUGGUUUUAAGAUACGCACGUUAUUAUAACGAUUCUUCCAUAAUCAAAUCGUUUAUUGUCGACUAUCCAAUACCAGAUUAUAAUCUUUGUCCGAAUGAUAUGAUCGAAUAUUAUAUCCUAAACAAAGAAUAUGUGUUAGUCACGUAUGUCGAAGAAGCUCCUUAUGACGCUGGUUAUCCGUAUGAUUUGUAUGGAUUGAUUGUUAAUACUAAUGGAAAAGUCACAAAAAGGUUAAAGUUAGGAGCUGAUUAUCAACAUAAAAUUGCAGUAAACCUUGUUCCAGAAAAUGGUUUCAUAGCAAUUGAUCGUCCAAUAAAUGCAUCUAGGAGUUGGCAAAUUUUUAGUCAUCCCGAUCCGAUAACCGGCGAUGUCCAACAAAUUAAUAGUGGAAAACUAGAGUUUACAGAUAAGGUUGGGAAUGAGAAUAUCAACUCUGCGAUACUUUCUACGGCAGAAGGUGGUUACGCGUUGAUUUCAGUGACAAAAACAAACCUCGCGCGUUCAGAUGAUACAUACUACGAACCUGAAUGGUCUGUGUAUGCAACAUUCAUAAAACCCGAAUUAAAUAUAGUCCCAAAACCAUAUCUGAUAUAUGAAACAGCCGAAAUUUUAGAUUCGCUAGAAAUACAAAAAUGUAAAAUUGCUAACAAUGGCAUUGGAAAUGGUGGAUUUCUUGUGACACAUCUCAAAAAGGACGCUAUUACAGGUUAUUUGGUGGAUGAUGAUGGCAAAUUUGUAGAGAAUUGGGAGGGUGUGAAAGGUAUCAAUGUAAAUAUGGGAGUAUUUUAUCAUAAUAAUACGGUGUAUGGAAUUGUACAACAACAAAAUAAAAAUGAAAUUAAAAUUUAUGCAAAUUUCCUAAAAAAAUCUCAAGCAAUAAAUUCAAAUUUCCAAAACUCCGUAAUAAAUUCAACCUUUCCCGAAAUCGAUUCCACAACUCCUCUCACCGCACUAUCAAUCACCUAUAAAAUUCCGGUGACGUUAUCCACCCAAAAUAUCACAGUAUAUAAAUACCCCGAAAAUGGUGAUGAUUUAUCAUCGAUGACUAAUUUUAGACAAACGUUUUCAGCAUCGGCAGGACUUUGUAACCUGAGUAAUGAUAAUUAUACUGUUAACAUAACAGUGUUCCCGAGUACAUUUAAUGAGCCUGGCUCACGAUAUUUUGUGGUGAUUAAUGAUAAUUUUGUUAAAUCUCAACCAGAAAAUGAACCACUCCUUGAAGAAGAAGCGACAGGAUUACUUUGUUUGACAACUGAAGGAACAGAAGUUUAUCAAAGUUAUGAUGAUCCUGAUGAAUUUCGACGACUUUUAAUUGAGCAAUUAUCUAGCGUAAUUCCGAUUUCUCCAUCAAGAUUGAAACUUUCAUCCCAUACACAAAUCGAUUCAGCGGCUGCCAAAGAACGAGUGCUUUUUGAGUUGACAAUCACUUUGAAUAAUAAUAAACAGGAAAAGGAUGUUGAAACAAUUAUUAAAGAUUUAAAUAGCUUGAUCGCGAAUAAAGAUUACACGGCCAUCUCUAAACACAACAUUACUCGUUAUUUGGAUAGUGAAAAACAAUUUGUAAUUAUACAUAAUAAUGUUUCGAACAAACCAAAUAAAAUUUGCAUUUAUAUAUUAAGUGCAUUUGGUGGAUGUUUUCUUGCGUUAUUAAUUAUUUACUUGAUCGCAAGAAAUAAAAACAAAGAGGCAAAUAAUUUAACGAUAUUUCUUGCAGCUUUUGUACUUGGUGAUUUAGUGAUCGAUAUACUAUUUCUUGUGUUUCAUUCAAGGAAGGUCUCAUGGUUAUUUAUUCCAAAUUUACUAUGUGUAGUAAUUCCGUUGAUAUAUAAUUUUUCGCUUGCAAUAAGUAUUUUUAUAAUCGAGAUUAAAUCCAAUCGAGAAUUUGCCAAAUGGUUUCAAAAAUAUUCAAGAAUAGCAUCAGUGAUCACAAUAUUAUCAAGUGCCGACGUUGAAAUGUUAGAAAUCUUGGAUUCUAAAAUCUUCAAUUUACAAGUUUUUUCAGCACCUUUGUCGUCACAACAAAGGGGUCUUAAACAUCAGAGUUUAUUUUUUUAUGGUGGAAUGAUGAAUUUAUUUAUUGAAGAUAUUCCACAAUUUAUUAUUCAAAUAAUUUACUAUUUGAAUACGACAACAACUGACAUUAUUCCUUUCAUGGCUUUGAUCACUAGACCAAAAAACAUUCUAAGAGAAAAUCAGAUUAAAUUAACAUUUAAAUUAUUAAUAGAUGAGAAUAAUAAUAAUAGCAGCAGCAGCGAUAACAACAAAGGUCUUUCACAUAAUUAUUCAAAGUUUGCACGUAUACUGUCAAUUGAUAAUCCAGAACUAGUCAAGGAAUUAAUUGAUGAGGACGAUGAAGGUGUUAAAUCAUUGAAGACAAAUCUUUUAACUAGAGAGUUGAUCAAUUUGAUUAUGAAAUAUUCAAAAAUUCAAAUACUUGAUUUGGAUUUUGUUUCUUGCUAUUAUUCCUCCUCUUUGUCAAAUCUUCUUCAUGGUUGUUUUUCGAAUAUUAAGGAAUUGAAAUGUUCAAGUAAUAACCAAUCAGAAUUAUUGAAGGCAUUAAUAAAUUCAACAAGUAAAAGUAUUCAAAUAUUAGACAUUAAUAGUAUUGGAUAUAAGGAUGAUAAUAAUGAUGAUUUGAUUGUUUUAUUAAAUUCACAAAACAAUAAAUUCUUUUUUCUUACACACACAACAGGAUAUAUUAUAGAAAUGGGAAAUUUCAUUACUUUGAAUGGUAAAAAUCUUCAAACUUUAUGUAUUGCUGGUUUAGAUUUACCCCCUGCAACAGAUGCAAUCAAACAUUUAUUGAGUUCGAUUGGAGAAAACUGCAAAAAUCUGAAACAUUUGUCAAUAAUCUAUGAUAAUAGUUUAGAUAAACAAUUGCUUAAAAUAUUAAAAUCAUGUGAUAAACUGGAAGUCUUCUCAUUACAUCUAAUUGAUAAUGUUUUAAAUUUUGACAAGAUUAUUAAAGUUCUGUGUCAAGCAUCAACAAAAAAUCUAAAACUUGUUUCUUUUCAAGCAAAUGGAGUCAAUGAAUUUACUAUGAUUAAUCCAUUAUUAGAUUUUUUACAGAAAAAUAAUAAAAGUAGUAAAGAUUCUCUUCCUACUGCUACUCCUUUUUUUUUAAGAUUCUAUAUUAUAGAAUUUAAUGAGGAUUUAAUGGAUAAAUUGGCUCAAAUUAAAGAGUUGGUGGAUCUGGAUUAUAAACAAGAUAGCUUUUUUCGAGUUAGUGAUGUUUUAUUUAAACGU